AUGCUGAAACUAGAAUUACCUCCAUUAUCAAGCCUCAUCCUCAUCUUCCUUCUGUUUCUAUGUCCCCAAUCUUCCAUCUCCAGGACCCUGACCAAGCGCUGCGGCGUUACUCAGUGUGGAAACGUUAACAUCAGCCACCCUUUUCGCUUAAAAACUCAGCCGCCGGAGUGCGGCGACCGCCGCUUCGAACUCGACUGCGAAGCCGAUAACAACAAACCCACGUUCUUCAGGCGAUAUAAUAAAUUCCAAGUCCAUGAAAUCUUUUACGAAAAUUCAACACUUACAGUUUCGUAUCAAAAUCAGGUCACCGAUAAUUGCUCUCUUCCACCGACAGGUCGAUUCGACGAAGAUUUUUUCUUUUGUGAGAAGCUUCUCUUCCCGGCAUGGCUCAUUGACGAUGAAAAACUUAGGGACCGAUAUAGAUUAUUGUAUAUUGUGAAUUGCACAUCGCCGGUAAAUUCAUCGAUCUAUGUCGAUGCCGACCGGUGCCGGAAUAGGUCGUCAGAUUCGUUUCCGACGGGUUCCUUCUUUUAUUUCUUAGAUCGGGACACCACUUUACCUCGCGAUUUCGAUCAGUCCUGCACAGUCGUCGCCGAUUGGAUUCCGAUUAAGGUUAAGAAGAAUAUCACAGCCCUUUCUACUGCGGAAGUCUACGAAAAGCUAUCAAUGGGGUUCGAAUUGACCUGGUCCAAUCCACAGGGCCAAGAUCUCUGCUCAGUCAAGCUUUCAUUUACUCAAAUAUUGGCGAAGGGUCGAGACGCCCUAAUAGACUACCUGAACAGCUUUACAUAUUACAUUAUCCAUCGCCCUCUUAUGUCCGCUUUCAAUGGUUUUCCACCUGAAACUGAUAGAACAUAUAUUAUGUGUAUCGGAAUAACAGGGGGAGUGAUUCUAUUAAGAAUGUUGGUCGGGAUUUUCAUCAUGAUUGUGGUUGUUACGAUCAAAUUCCGAAGGAGACAUUUAUCCGCUGAUGAUACAAUUUUGGAGUUUCUUCAAAGUCAAAAUAAUUUAAUGCCUAUAAGAUACUCUUAUUAUGAAGUGAAGAAAAUGACGAGAGAUUUCAAAGAUAAGCUAGGUGAGGGGGGUUAUGGCUCGGUGUUUAAAGGGAAGCUUCGUAGCAAUCAUCUCGUGGCGAUAAAAUUGUUGGGUAAUGUAAAAGGUAAUGGACAAGAUUUCAUUAGUGAAGUUGCUACACUCGGAAGGAUUCAUCAUGUUAAUGUGGCAAAACUUAUUGGAUUUUGUGUGGAGGGAACAAAACAAGCGCUUGUUUAUGAUUUUAUGCCGAAUGGAUCUCUAGAUAGAAUUGUAUUUGGCAGAGAUGAUAGAAUCACUUUAAGUUGGCAAAAAAUGUUCGACAUUGCACAUGGGAUUGCUCGAGGGAUAGAAUACUUGCAUCGAGGAUGUGAUAUUCAGAUUUUACAUUUUGAUAUCAAGCCACAUAAUAUUCUUUUAGAUGAGAACUUUACACCUAAAGUUUCAGAUUUUGGUCUUGCUAAACUAUAUUCUGUAAAUGAUAGCAUUGUAUCACUAACUGCAGCACGAGGUACAAUUGGAUACAUUGCUCCUGAAUUGAUCUACAAAAACCUCGGAGGCAUCUCGUAUAAAGCCGAUGUUUAUAGUUUUGGAAUGUUAUUAAUGGAAAUUGUUGGAAGGAGGAAGAAUAUGAAUGCAUUUGUCGAACAAACAAGUCAAACAUACUUCCCAUCAUGGAUUUACGACCGAUAUCAUCGAGGAGAGGAUAUAGAUUUGGAAGAUGUAACAGAUGAUGAAAAGAUUAUUGUGAAAAAGAUGGUGAUCACAGCUUCAUGGUGCAUACAAAUCAAGCCAAGCGAACGUCCUUCAAUGAGCAAAGUCUUGGAGAUGUUUGAAACUGAUGUCACACUUCUCGAAAUACCUCCAAGACCUUUUCAACUUCCUUUUGAAGUAUCUUCUAAAGAUCAAUUCUAUAAUAAUUCAACCAAUUCAACCGAAGAUCAAUCACAUGGUACUUCAACUACAGGGACAUCUAGGUUGCCUUCUUCAAAUGAAUCUAGCUUAAAUAUUAUGUAACCAAUCAAAUUUUAAUUAUUGCAAUAUAUUAGAUCCGAUUAUAUUUAUACAA